AUGCCCUCCGCGUACCCGCAGCGAGCCCUGACGGUUCUGCUGCUCUUCGGGACCUUGUCCGCUGCCAUGGCCCUGCUCUCCUCCAGCCUCAUCUUCCAGCUCCCGUCGGGCCGGGCCGCCGCCGGUACCGGGGCGCUCCCGGAGCCGGUGGCCGCCGCUCUGCUGCCGGUAUCGGCCGUGCUGGCCGCGCUCUGCCUGGUGCUCAACGUGAGCUGCCUCCUGCUCUGCCUCCUGCACGGCUACUGCAGCACCGAGCUGUGCCGGGGACAGCCCGGGAGCGAGCGGGCAGACUGGUUCCUCCUGGACAGCCGGAGCGUCCGGCACGCGGCCAUCGGCCUCUUCUGCUGCGGGGUCUGCCUCUACCUCACAGCUCUGGCCCUUUUCAUGCUGCUGCUGUUCCAGCUGGAGGCCGGGAUCGCCAGCGCCUGCAUCCUGACCUCUGGAAUUCUCGUCCUGCUCAUCUCCGUGCUCCACGCGCUGCUCCGCGCUUCCCACAUUUCCCAAAUCUCCCAACGGAGCCGCUCGGAGCUUUCCCAAUCCUUGUACGAGAACGAUUCCGCCCGGCCCGGGGAGGACGGGACCGCGGCUCCUGCGGAAAUCCGCCGGGAAUUCUCCUUCCCGCUUUUCCCGCGGCGCAAAUCCCAGCCGGGCUCGGCCUCCAGCAGCAACCUGAGCUUGGCUGGCGGCGCCAGGAGCAAGGAAUCCCAGAAGGAAUCCCAGAAGGAAUCCCAGAAGGAAUCCCAGAAGGAAUCCCAGAAGGAAUCCCAGCAGGAAUCCCAGAAGGAAUCCCAGCGGGAAUCCCAGCGGGAAUCCCAGCGGGAAUCCCAGCGGGAAUUGUCGCGCACGCACAGGACGCUCUCGGCGGAUUCGGGAUUGCUCCGGGAGCAGGGAAAACCUUGGAACGUCAUCACGAGGGAGAUGAGGAAUGCCAUGGCUCGCAAAUCCACCAAGGAUUCCACCCUGGUGUGAAGGAAAAUCGGGAUUUUCCCAGGAGCUUCCCGGGAUUCGCGGUCCUGGAGCGGGAGUUGGGGUUUUUUUUUUCCAAGUUUUUGGUGUUUUUUCCCUGGAAAAAUCAGGAUUUUUGGCUUUUAUCCACAGCCAAAAUCCCUCUGCUGCCCGCCUGGAGCCCCCCAAAUCCAUCCAAGCCCAUCCCAGUUGUGGGAAAGGAUCUGGAAAUUGGGGAUGAGAAGUGGAAAUUGGAAUUUUCACGAGAAUUCCGUCCUUUUCCGGCAGAUUUUGGCUGAUUUUCCCGCCCUUCUCCUUCCUCCCUGCUCCAUCCUCAUCCUCAGCACGACCCUGGGAUCGAGGAGGGGUUUGGGGUGGGGAAAAUCAGGAUUGGGGUG